CCUAUUCUCCUCCGAAAAUCCAAUCAAACGAAAAUGGGCUCGAUAGACACGCCGAGCACGGAGAACGGCUCGACCGCGACUCUCGGUGGCGCCGGCGACGGACACCUCCUACCGGCGUCCGAUUCUGCCGGAUACGCGCCGGAGAAUGACGUGGGCAGGAAGAGGAAAGCGAGUGUGCUGCCGUUGGAGGUGGGUACCCGCGUCAUGUGCCGUUGGAGGGACGGGAAGUUUCACCCCGUCAAGGUCAUCGAACGGAGGAAGAUGCACGGCACUGGGCCGAACGAGUAUGAGUACUACGUGCAUUACACGGAAUUCAAUAGAAGGCUUGAUGAGUGGGUUAAACUUGAACAGCUUGAUCUUGAUUCUGUGGAGACUGUUGUGGAUGAAAAGGUGGAGGACAAGGCAACAAGCUUGAAAAUGACGCGCCACCAGAAGCGCAAGAUUGACGAGACGCAUGUGGAGGGCCAUGAGGAGCUUGAUGCUGCCAGCUUGCGUGAACAUGAAGAAUUCACGAAAGUUAAAAAUAUAGCAACUAUAGAACUUGGAAGAUAUGAGAUUGAGACAUGGUACUUCUCUCCCUUUCCACCAGAAUACAAUGACUGUUUGAAGCUGUACUUUUGUGAGUUCUGCCUCACUUUCAUGAAGCGCAAAGAACAGCUUCAGAGGCAUAUGAGAAAAUGCGAUCUCAAGCAUCCCCCUGGUGAUGAGAUAUAUCGAAGUGGCACCUUGUCAAUGUUUGAGAUUGAUGGCAAGAAGAACAAGGUUUAUGGACAAAAUCUUUGCUAUCUGGCAAAAUUGUUUCUGGAUCACAAGACUCUCUAUUAUGACGUUGACUUGUUUCUGUUUUACGUGCUUUGUGAAUGUGAUGAUCGGGGAUGCCACAUGGUUGGCUACUUCUCUAAGGAAAAGCAUUCAGAAGAGUCCUAUAACUUGGCAUGCAUUCUGACUCUUCCUCCCUAUCAGAGGAAAGGCUAUGGGAAGUUCCUAAUUGCAUUCUCUUAUGAACUUUCCAAGAAAGAGAGUAAAGUUGGCACACCUGAAAGACCCCUUUCGGACCUGGGGCUGGUAAGCUACAGAGGAUACUGGACCCGGGUUCUGUUAGAUAUUUUGAAGAAGCACAAGGGCAACAUAUCUAUCAAGGAGCUUAGCGACAUGACAGCCAUUAAGGCAGAGGAUAUAUUGACCACUCUUCAGGGCUUAGAACUGAUCCAGUAUCGCAAAGGGCAGCACGUCAUUUGUGCAGAUCCCAAGGUGUUGGAUCGUCAUUUAAAAGCUGCAGGCCGUGGCGGUCUUGAGGUAGAUGUCAGCAAAUUGAUAUGGACUCCUUAUAAAGAGCAAAGUUGACGGUCAAAAACCUUUGUAUUUUCCUAACCCGUCUUUGGCUUCUACUAGCCUUCAGUUGUGACACAACUCUGCUUGUAUAAACUUGAAGAAAUCACAGAUUGCAAGGGUAGGAAACUAGUGAGUUGUUUAUAUUUCCAAGCUAUUGGCUUGCUGGUGCUCUGCAGCUUCUGUGUUUAAGUUGUAUAACAAUAGCUGAUGUGUAGAUUCAAAGAUCGAUGUAGUAGUAGGAUAUAGUAUAGUCUUCGAUUAUGCUAAUGCUUAUAAGGGCUUGUUUGUUGCAACUUAUUAAUAUUUGAUAGUGUUUGAGUAGGUAAAAACAUCAUUUACCUAGCUUCAUAAUAGUCUGCCCUUUUCAGUUUA